CGAUUGAAGAUUCAUCUGCCGGGUUGUUCUUGGUAAUAUUCCAUUUUUUGUUUUAUGCAGUUAUUUAACUCUGAUUCCCGCAUUUGGGUAUCUCUGAUUCAUUCUGAAUUGUCAAAAAACUGUUCAAGAAUUCUGUUCAAUGAUAAUUCUAAGACGACCCUUUUUAUAUUAUGACUUAGAUUAUAUAUUCUAACGAGUAAAAAUAGAAGAUUGAAGAUGAUACGAUAUUAUUGUGAAUAGGUUUUCAAAUUGUCUACGUUUUGAGCUGAUGAUGCAGUAACACUAGUGGUUUCCAUGGCUUCUCUAACUUCCCUUGUGGGUUUGGGAAACGUAAGUGGUGGUUCCUCUGUGCAUUAUGAGGGAAUGUUUUCACUAAUUCAUGGAGUUUGUUUCACGAGAUAUACUCAUGGGUUUCGAAGAAAUUGGAGUGGAAAGAAAUGGAGAUAUAUUGGAGUUUGUAGAUAUUCGUUAACAACUGAUAUUAUUACUGAGCAAGGGACAUCAAUUUCCCUUGAUUCUACAUAUAAAGGAAACAAAGAUAAUGACUCUGAACUUGUUCUUAGGGCAGCUCCCAAACCAGCAGCAAAGCCUGUAUCAAAACCAAGUUUAGCUAUUAGCCCUGCAAAACUUAACCGAGACUCUAUUGAUGAGAACACAAAGGAUGGCGUAGAAGAGAGAAAGAAAGUCAUUGAUUCUUUGGGAGAUGUAUUGGAUAAAGCUGAGAAGUUAGAGACAAAUAAAAGAGUGAUUUUACCGAAUAAUAGACCACCUCGAAAUGUAACAGUAAAUUCAGCUGUUGAUGGGAAUUCUACAAAUUCAAAAAGUGUGUGGAGAAAAGGUAACCCAGUUACUGCCGUGAAAAAGAUUGUAAAGGAUUUACCGAAAACUGAGACUCAGGUCACUCAGCCACCAGCUAAUAAUACAGCUCAACUAAGUCUACAAUCUAAACCAUCUGUUGCUCCACCGCCAAUGUUGAAGAAACCAGUCGUGUUGAAAGACAUAGGGGCGGCCCCAAAAAGUUCAUCAGUUGAAGGAGUUGCUGACUCUGUUACAAAACCUAAAGAAAGAAAAACAAUAUUGAUUGACAAGUUUUCACCUAAGAAAUCUGGGGUUGAUCCUCUGAUUGCUGCAGCAGUAUUAGCACCUCCAAAGCCUGGAAAGACGUCUGUUUCUGGGAAAUUCAAAGAAGACUUUCGUAAAAAGAGUGGUUCGUCUGGUGGCUUAAGGAGACGUAUGGUGGCUGAUGAGAUUCCAGAGGAGGCUUCGGAACUUAAUGUAUCCAUUCCAGGGGCUUCUAGAAAGGGACGGAAAUUUAGUAAGGCUAGUCGAAAAGCAGCUAGACUUAAGGCGGCUCAAGAGGCUGCACCAGUAAGAGUAGAAAUCUUGGAGGUUGGUGAAGAAGGUAUGUUGAUUGAAGAGUUGGCUUACAAUCUCGCUACUAGUGAAGGGGAAAUUUUUGGUUCUUUAUACUCUAGGGGUAUAAAACCUGAUGGGGUUCAAACCCUUGAUAAAAAUAUGGUGAAGAUGAUUUGCAAAGAGUAUGAUGUUGAAGUGAUUGAUGCUGUUCCAACCCGAGUGGAGGAGAUGGCAAAAAAGAAGGAAAUUCUUGACGAAGAAGACCUUGAUAAUCUUGUAGACCGUCCGCCAAUUCUUACUAUAAUGGGUCAUGUGGACCAUGGAAAGACAUCUCUCUUGGAUUACAUCAGGAAGAGCAAGGUCGCAGCUUCAGAAGCUGGUGGCAUUACGCAAGGAAUUGGAGCCUACAAGGUUCUUGUUCCUGUUGAUGGGAAGUUACAACCGUGUGUUUUUCUUGAUACCCCUGGCCAUGAGGCUUUUGGUGCCAUGAGGGCUCGGGGGGCAAGGGUAACAGAUAUUGCAAUAAUUGUAGUAGCUGCGGAUGAUGGAAUCCGUCCACAGACUAGUGAAGCUAUAGCUCAUGCAAAAGCUGCCGGGGUACCUAUUAUAAUUGCCAUUAAUAAGAUUGAUAAGGAUGGAGCAAAUCCAGACCGUGUGAUGCAAGAACUUGCUUCCAUUGGCUUGAUGCCUGAAGAAUGGGGCGGUGAGGUCCCAGUUGUUCAGAUAAGUGCUCUUAAAGGGCAGAAUAUAGAUGAACUGUUGGAAACUGUGAUGCUGGUUGCCGAGUUGCAAGAAUUAAAGGCCAAUCCAGAAAGAAAGGCAAAGGGUGCAGUCAUUGAAGCAGGGCUUCAUAAAUCUAAAGGACCAUUGGCUACUUUCAUUGUGCAGAAUGGCACCCUUAAAAAAGGGGAUGUUAUUGUUUGUGGUGAAGCUUUUGGAAAGGUUAGAGCUCUAUUUGAUGAUAGUGGAAGUCCGGUCGAUGAAGCUGGACCCUCUUUGCCUGUACAGAUUCUUGGGUUGAACAAUGUCCCUAUUGCUGGUGAUGAAUUUGAGGUAGUUGACUCCCUUGAUGUUGCACGUGAAAGGGCAGAAGAACGUGCAGAUUCAUUAAGAAUUGAACGAAUAUCGGCCAAGGCAGGAGAUGGGAAGGUCACGUUAUCUUCCUUAGCUUCUGCAGUUUCGGGAAGGAAGCUUUCUGGACUAGACUUGCACCAACUGAAUAUCGUAAUGAAGGUUGAUGUUCAGGGUUCUAUUGAAGCUCUUCGACAAGCCCUUCAGGUGCUUCCCCAAGACAAUGUCACGUUAAAGUUUCUGUUGCAAGCAACUGGUGACGUAUGCACCAGUGAUGUUGACCUUGCUUUUGCGGGUGAAGCUGUCAUUUUGGGUUUUAACGUAAAAACACCUGGUUCUGUUAAGAGCUAUGCUGACAACAAAGGCGUUGAGAUUCGUCUCUACAGAGUUAUUUAUGAUCUUAUUGAUGAUGUACGAAGUUCCAUGGAAGGACUUCUGAAAACUGUUGAGGAAGAAGUACCAAUUGGCUCAGCACAAGUUAGGGCUUUGUUUAGUAGUGGAAGUGGUCAGGUUGCUGGAUGCAUGGUGACUGAGGGCAGAAUAGUAAAAGAUUGUGGCAUUCGGAUCAUCAGGAAAGGCAAAAUUGUGCAUGUUGGUGUAAUGAACUCUUUGAGGAGGGUUAAAGAGAUUGUCAAAGAGGUAAGUGCUGGACUGGAGUGUGGAAUUGUGAUAGAUGAUUAUGAUGACUGGGCAGAAGGAGAUGUUAUUGAAGCCUUCAACAUGGUUAAGAAGAAGCGGACGCUUGAAGAGGCAUCAGCCACCAUGGUGGCUGCUCACGAAGGAGCUGGAAUCGGCUCAUAGAUAUAUAUUGGAGCAUGACUUCUUUUUAUGAGUUGCGAAAGGAUGAGUUCAUGAUCAUGGAUAUAUAAAGUUGUCUUUUGUCAAAGGGGGGCAGAUUGAGUCCAGUCCAAAUAGGUAUAGUAUUGUUGUAUUAUGCUGUAAAUAGUAAAAACAGUCUACGGUUUGAAAAGAGAGAACCAAUGGUGAAAAAAAAAUUGGAAAAUUCUUUUGAUGCUGACAAAUUGAAUGGCAUCUCUUGAAAAUUUGUAACUAUCUUAUUUUAUCUAAUUAUUCUUUACAUGUGCAUUCA